GGGCAUGGACACAUCGGUAGCUAUUAUCAUCGCUUCGUGGCAGAAGAGUCCACAGUUUGCCAGUGCCGUACUGCUAACAUACAGACUCGCGAGCACUUGCUCAUACACUGCCCGCUCUACACCCAUCACCGCCACCUCCUCGGCAACCCAAACCGCCCCAUCCGCUUGGCGCGACUCUUUACCUCCAAAUACGCCCGGCAUCAGCUCGCGGCGUUCCUCACGGAGACCGAUGCGUACACGAAGACAUCCCUGUUCCCUUGGGAUCCGGGUUAG